CAUGCCAAGCACAACUCAUGCAUCUUAAAAUAGGGAAUGAUAGGGGGUACGAAUACCGUAUCAUCCAUACAUCACUUUUAUGACGCGCGGUGACGUGGAUCGGAUACAUUGUUUUCGUAGUACUUUUAUUGUUUCAAACUGAGUGAAAACAACGAUAUUUUGUUUGAGACAAGCGUAAAGACAAAUACCCAUCGUUUCCGUCGUGUUUGGAAGUCAUCGGCACUCGCUGCGCCCGAAACUCGAACCACCGUGCGCUCUGCCACAACAUGGCAGAAUGAUGAACCAAAUGCUUCGACGGUUCGUUUGCAGGGUUGAAACCCAUCCUGUCUCUAUGGCCGCUGCCACGGUUGGAACCACCACGGUUGUCGGGCUGGCUCUUCUCGAGUGCACAAGCCAAACGAACGAUCUGCGAUCCGCCCACCCGCAGCGUCCGUUGACGGUACAAGAAGCACACUUUCGCGCCAUGAUCGAGGACGCCAGAGAGAGCACGUGGAAGGAAAAGUGGGACACCGUAGCCAUGGCCCAAGAACAGCUCAUGGUGCCAGGCAGCAGGAGGAACCCAGAGAAAGCUGCCAAAUUCGUGGAAAAAAUCAAUGCCCGAAGCAAAGAAAUAGUGGAGCGGGACCAGGAGCAGUGGAGGCAGAGAAAAGAAUUCGAAAACGAGCAAAACCGUUUCGCAACAACCAUCGUUUGGUAGCAAGAAUCAAAAUGAAUACUAGUAGAGAGA